AUGGAUAGUAGUGGAGCUGUGGUGAUACAUUUUGAUCAUGGUGGAGACCGGCAUAUUUCUACAUUAGUGAUAAAAGGAAGAUAUGAGGAGAUUACUUAUUCUCAUUUGGUUGAUAGAAUAUGUAAGAAAAUGAAUAUCGAUGUAGCUGCGACAAAGCUUCAAUUGAGUUACUUUCCUCUGGUCGUGGAUAAUAAGAGGCCUUGUUAUAUUUUGGAUGAUGAAGAUGUUUUAGGAUAUUUAAUGGAGGUAGACAAGAAAAACCGGCGUAGUGUCUUGCAUGUGGAGCUUUCCGAAAUCAUCUCAGAAAAUCAGAGUAACAAGCAUUUUUCUAUGAAUGAUGAAAUUAUGAGUGAUGCCAGAGCUAAUUAUGGUAUGGUUGAAGUUGAGGAGUUGGCAAUUGUUCCUCAAAAACAAUCAGAUGGGUACGACCAUGAGAAAAGCAAUGGAGAGGGUGAUGAAAUGGAUGAUAGGGAGGAGUUGGCAGCUGUUACACCAGUUGAAGAAACAGUUGUCAAUGUUGAGUGGGAUGAUGGUAUUGAUAUGAGUAUGGAUCAAGAAUUUGCAACUAAGAAGGAAGUGAGGGAUUUAGUGGACAGAGGAGUGCAUUCGAAUUGUUUUGAGGUUGAUAUAUUGAAGUCGAAUCCUGUUCUUUACUUAUUGAAAUGUCGUGGGGUUGGAUGCAGAUGGUAUUUACGAGCUGCAAAGCUGAAAAACUCGGCAUUUUUCACUAUCAGAAAGUAUAGAAAGAUGCAUACGUGUUUUCGGGGAGAGGGAAGUAUAAUCAAAAGGGGGAAAAGAGGCACACCAAGCUUGGUCGCAUCAGUGGUGCACGCUGAUUAUCCAGGCCAAUUCAAGACUCCAGAUCCAAAUACUAUCAUAAAUUUGGUGAAAAACAAACUAGGAGUCAAGGUUUCAUAUUCUACGGCUUUGAGAGGGAAACACCAAGCUGUCAGUGAUCUGCGUGGUAACCCUGAGGAGAGUUUUGCUAGACUGCCAUCUUACUUGUACAUGUUAGAAAAGAUGAAUCCUGAUACCAUUACACGAUUAGUAGUGGAUGAGACUAAUCAGUUUAAGUAUAUGUUCUUUGCGCUCGGAGCUUGCAUCGAAGGGUUUAAGGCGAUGAGAAAAGUGAUAAUAAUGGAUGGAACUCACCUAAAGGAUGAUCCCCAGCUUGUAUUUUGUACUGAUAGAAACCAAAGCAUCAUCAAGAAAGUACACGAGGUGUACCCAUUGGCAAUUCAUGGAUAUUGCAAUUAUCACUUGUCUAAUAAUGUCAGCGGAGCAUGCAGCAAUGUUAACAAGAAAGGGGUUGCCAAAAAGUUCAGAAAAAUUGCUGGUAUGUACACAGAGAUAGAGUUCAGAAAGUGCUACAAUGAUUUCAGGAGCACGUAUCCUCAGGCCGCCGCUUAUCUAGAUGACAGUGUUCAUGAGACCAAAUGGGCAAGAUGUAAAUUUCCGGGAGAAAGGUACAACAUAGAUACAACCAACACUGUUGAAUCUAUCAAUGGUGUUUUAAAAGAACCAAGGAAAUAUGCGUUGUUGCCAAUGAUUGAUGUGGUGGUGGGGAAGAUUGUAGAAUGGUUUAACAAAUAUCAACAGUUAUCUUUGCGUGUACCAGAGAGGCAGAUACUAGUCCCGUACGUGCAUGGGAUAUGGCAUCACAAUUAUCCGAAGGCAAAAAAGCUCGAGGUGAGGGAGCUAAACAGAUUUGAACGUCACUACAAUGUGAUUGGGAAGGACAGUGUUGAUAUUGACCGGUAUCCUUGUGUGCAUGCACUUGCUGCCAUCAUGGCGCGUGGAGAAAUGGCUGAACAUUAUUGUUCUAGGUAUUACUGGAUGGAGCAGUGGACUUUGGCAUAUUACAGGACAGUAUAUCCAGUGCCUCAUCAUUCUUCAUGGGAGAGUUAUAAAAUUCCUGAAGAAAUCCGAUCUCAGGUUGUCUUCCCUCCUUAUGUUGAAAAAAAGAAAGGAAGACUACAAGUUACUAGAUUCCCAUCUGCAGGAGAAUAUCGGAGGAAGAAAAAGAAGAAGUAUCCACCAUUGGUCGGUGAAAAUGACGGAAGUGACAGCGAUGAAAGUAGCAGCGAGGGAAGUCGCAGCAAAGGAAGUGGCGACGAGGGAGGUGACAACGAAAGAAGUGGUCAUGAUGGAAAUGAGAACAAUGAAUGA